AGCUGAUGUUCGUUGCCCGAGCCCGUUAUUCGAACUUCAUGCUUUUCUGCGAAAUCGAGACCGGAAUUCGAGUCUCAUGUUUUUCUGCCAUUGGCCAUCAUCAUCAUUGCCAGUUGUCACAGUCGGAAUAAAUGGAUACUUGAACCGGCAAGAAGUAGAUGUGCGGCAUGAGCGGCGGCAGCUCAUGGAACACUCGGUUGAGAGAGCUGGCCAAAGAGGGCCUCUUCAAGGAGGGUCUCCAGCUUUACCGCCAAAUGCUCCGCUCCGGAGACAGUCCCAAUGCUUUCUCCUUCCCAUUCGCUUUGAAGGCAUGUGCAGCUCUGUCUCUCCCUCUCUCCGGCGCACAGCUUCACUGCCAUGUUGUCAAGACAGGGUGCGACCCCGAACCAUUUGUUCAGACCUCAUUGAUCUCUAUGUACUGCAAAUGCUCUCUUGUUGAGAAUGCUCGCCGCUUGUUCCAACAAAGUCCCCAAUCAAGAAGGCUCACUGUUUGUUACAACGCACUCAUAGCUGGCUACUCUCUUAAUUCUCAAUUUUCGGCUGCUUUAUUGCUUUUUCGCGCCAUGCGGAGAGCUGGUGUUAUGUUCAAUGCCAUCACGAUGCUUGGGUUGAUCCCUGUGUGCACCGUCCCUCUGGACCUUGACUUUGGCAUGUCGCUCCACGCCUGCAAUGUUAAAUGCGGCGUGGACGCGGACCCAUCCGUCGGGAAUUGUCUACUAACCAUGUAUGUCAGAUGUGGUUCGGUUGAUGUUGCAAGAAAGCUCUUUGACGCAAUGCCUGAGAAGGGUUUGAUCACGUGGAAUGCGAUGAUCUCUGGGUACGCUCAGAAUGGUCUCGCUUCCCAUGUUUUGGAUCUUUAUCACAAGAUGGAAUCGGUUGGAAUGGAUCCUGACCCUGUUACAUUUGUUAGUGUUCUCUCCUCUUGUGCUCAUCUUGGAGCCCAGAGUGUAGGCCGCGACAUUGAGUGGCGGAUUUUAAGCAGAGGGUUUGAUUUCAAUCCUUUCCUAACGAAUGCCCUUAUAAACAUGUACGCCCGUUGUGGAAAUUUAGCUCGAGCGCGCAUGCUAUUUGACGAGAUGCCUGAGAAGACCCUCGUCUCAUGGACUGCAAUCCUUGCUGGGUACGGAAUGCAUGGGCAGGGAGAGACUGCUGUACAUCUUUUCAACGAGAUGUGUGGAGUUGGAAUUCAACCUGACGGUGCAGCAUUUGUGAGUGUCCUGUCUGCGUGCAGCCAUGCAGGGUUAACGGACAAGGGUUUGGAGUACUUUUCGGAAAUGAAGAGGAUUUAUGGGAUCAAUCCAGGCCCAGAACAUUAUGCAUGUGUGGUGGAUCUUCUAGGACGGGCUGGCCAGCUUGAAGAAGCAAGAGAGCUCAUUUACUCGAUGCCAGUAAAACCUGACGGUGCGGUGUGGGGUGCCCUCUUAGGUGCAUGUAAGAUCCAUAGAAAUGUUGAGCUGGCGGAGUUAGCUUUUGAGAGGGUCGUAGAGCUUGAACCAACGAAUGUUGGAUACUACGUACUGUUAUCUAACAUUUACUCUGAGGUAGAGAAUUUGGAGGGGGUGGCAAAGGUCCGAAUAAUGAUGAGGAUGCGGAACCUUAGGAAGGGACCAGGAUGUAGCUACAUGGAACUCAAGAAGAAGGUUCACCUAUUCUUAGCUGGGGGUAGAGAUCAUCCUCAGGCCAAGGAGAUAUACAGCAUGUUGGAUGGGUUAGAGGAUUUAGUGAAGGAUAGUGUUGGGUCUAAAAACAAGGAGAGAAGAGUUGAGGAAGUUUUGGCAGGGACUGGGGUUCACAGUGAGAAACUGGCAAUUGCAUUUGGGCUUCUAAACACUCAACCUGGAACGGAGCUAGUGGUGAUUAAGAACCUAAGGGUGUGUGGAGACUGUCAUGUGUUUAUAAAGAUGGUUAGUAAGAUUGUGGACCGCAAGAUUGUUGUUAGAGAUGCAAGUCGCUUCCACCAUUUCAGGAAUGGAGUCUGUUCUUGCAAUGAUUAUUGGUGAAGGGUAUUGCUUGAAUUGGUCAUGUUGCCUUGUUUUUUAAUGAGCGAUAAGGGUGCUGAUUUAAAUCUCAAUUGGAAUCGUUGUUCUCGUGGAAUAAUUGAGCUCAACAGGCACCUUAUUGUGGCAGAGUUGUGUUAGGGCAUAGAGUUCUUCAUGGGAUCAAACUCCAUGACCCUGUUAUAUAUCCAUUUAUACAGUCACCAACCCAACUAGUGUUCUCAAAAUAAAUUUUGUGAACUGUUAUAAUCCCAUGAUCCCAUCAUAUUGCUAGCUGAGAAUUGGUUGGAAGAACAGCUGAAACUGAUCAAUUAUUGGACACACACACAAGGGCCAUCUACAGGAGCAAAUGGCAGACCAAGGAACAGUGGUCGUCUUUAGAGGAGAAUCAUCAUAUCAGUUUUGAUCCACAUGAAAGCUGAAUGGAGAUGUGAGAGACAGGAGCAAAAAUCAUGUGAGAAAUGCAGUAAAAAUGUGGCACCUUGAUGCACCCAUCAGAGUAGAGCAGAUAAUAACCAGACAACAAUCCAUGGCAGAACUCUAUGUGAUUAAACUCUUGAUUGUGGUUUGCAUGGAAUGGUUUUAGAAGGAGACACCAAGUUCUAAUGUUCCCUGGAGAGAUUGGGAAAAAUGAUAUUUCUUAUGGGCAAGAUACUUCAUAAAAAACUGCUCAGAUCGUGCCUAAAUUCUGCCCUCCAGUACUCUGGUACAUGAUAUACCAUUUAUUUCUUUCAUUCUUUUUGCUAGACGAAUGAUACACAACAGUGUAAAUAGUCAAGAGAAAAGCGUUCCGUGCUUCUGCUAAUGG